GCGAGGCAUUCGCUGCCAUGGAAGAGAUAGCCUUUGCUGCCACUCCCGUAACGAUGUUGCAAUACUUACACGGAGCAAGUGUGGACGCCGCGCAGCACCCAAGUGACACAUUGAAAGAAGACCGAGACGCCGGCAGAGAACAAGGGGACGGCAAGACAGCGACGGCAAAGGAAGUCGCCAUGAAAGCGGAUCCAGGUGAGGUUCAUCCCACUGUCGAUCAAUCCACUGGAAGCAAGUUCGAGUUGACUGACUAGCUAGCUAGCUAGCUGGCUGACCGACUGUCACAGCACCCAGAUAAGCAUACGUCUAUGUCGAGGUAUCUUCCAGUCAAGGACGGAUAUUCCGCAGGC